AUGUAUGUCAUCUCAAAUCGCGCCGCCCCGCGGAACGGUGUUGCUGACAGCAUCACCUCCAUCGUGAAAAACCUCAACGCCGCCCAGCUCGACUCCUCCGCCGAGGUCGUCAUCUCCCCUCCCGCCCUCUACCUCACCCUGACCCGCCAGCUCGCCGACCCCAAGAUCGGUGUCGCUGCCCAGAACGUCUUCGACAAACCCAACGGUGCUUUCACCGGUGAGAUCAGCGUUGAGCAGCUUCGCGACACCAAGAUCGACUGGGCUGUCAUCGGCCACAGCGAGCGCCGAGUGAUCCUGAAGGAGACCGAUGAGUUCAUUGCCCGCAAGGUCAGGGCCGCCGUCGAGGGCGGCGUCUCGGUCAUCUUCUGCAUUGGUGAGACCCUGGAGGAGCGUGAGGCCAACAAGACCAUCGAGGUCGUCACCCGGCAGCUCAACGCCGCCGCCAAGGAGCUGAGCAAGGAGCAGUGGGCUAAGGUUGUCAUCGCCUACGAGCCCGUCUGGGCUAUUGGUACCGGCAAGGUCGCUACCACCGAGCAGGCCCAGGAGGUCCACGCCGCCAUUCGCAAGUGGCUCGGCGAGGCCAUCUCCGCCGAUGCCCAGGACAGCGUUCGCGUCAUCUACGGUGGCUCCGUCAGCGAGAAGAACUGCCGCGAGCUUGCCAAGCAGCCCGACGUUGACGGCUUCCUUGUUGGCGGUGCCAGCUUGAAGCCUGCCUUCGUCGACAUUGUCAACGCCCGUAUCUAA